UGCAAUGAGUCCCCAUUCCUCCUUCUUGGAACAGGUCUGGCUCAUCAUGAUAAUUACCAUGAGUUUUGUCGGCUUCUUGGACGUUUUAAAGUCAAUUAUCAGUUAUCGGAGCUUGUCAAUGUGGAAAGUUAUGGGGAGUGGAUACGUCUGGUUGCCGGAUUUACUUUGAAAUCUUUGCAGUCUUGGCAGUGGGCUAGCAGCAGUGUUUACUACCUUCUUGGACUGUGGUCCAGAUUGGUUUCAUCGGUGCCAUAUUUGAAGGGAGAUACACCAAGCCUGCUUAGUGAAUUUGUGCCAGAGAUCGUCAAAAGUUUUAUCACAUCUAGAUUUGGUUCCUUUCAGGGCGAAGUCUCUGAUCUCUCAGAGAACCCCCUUGACAAUGUUGACCUUCUUCAAGAUCAGCUCGAUUGCCUUCCUUAUCUUUGCAGAUUUCAGUAUGAGAGUUGUAGCUCAUACAUUACACAGAUUACUGAUCCUCUGCUGCAGAUGUAUAUGGAAUCUGCUGAUCCCCAGGUUCUUACAGUGGUGGAAACAAAAUAUGCUUGGAUAGUUCACAUAAUUGCAGCUAUUGUUAAGACUAAGCAACUUAGUGGAUAUAGCGGCGAAUCUCAAGAAAUCCAUGAUGCGGAACUUUCUGCACGUGUACUGCGGCUGAUAAAUGUUACUGAUAGUGGUUUACGCAGUCAGAGAUAUGCAGAAACGAGCAAACAGCGCCUUGAUCUAGCUAUUCUUGUAUUCUUCCAGAACUUCAGAAAGUCGUAUGUUGGAGAUCAGGCAAUACAUUCAUCUAAGCAACUAUAUGCUAGAUUGGCUGAGCUUCUUGGGCUCCAUGAUCAUAUGCUUAUAUUGAAUGUCAUUGUUGGGAAGAUAGCAACCAAUCUUAAGUUUUACGGAGAGAGUGAGGAAGUCAUCAGUCAAACAUUAAAUCUCAUGUUGGAAAUGGCAUCUGGAUAUAUGACUGCAAAACUUCUUGUAAAGUUGGAUACUACUCAAUUAAUAAUCUCCCAUCGGAAUAGGGAAGAAUUCCCAUUUUUGGGGGACUACAGGUGCUCUCGUAGUAGAACUACGUUCUACUACAUUAUUGGCUUGUUGAUCUUUAUGGAAGAUAGCUUUUUGAAAUUUAAAGCAUCAGUGGAUCCACUUUUGCAGGUCUUGCUGAGUUUGGAAUUGAUAUCGGAUGCCUUGUUUCGCACUGAUGAUGUUAAACAAGCAUUAAUUGGGUUGAUGAGGGAUCUCAGAGGAAUUGCUAUGGCUACAAAUAGCCGAAGGACAUACGGUUUCCUAUUUGAUUGGUUAUAUCCAUCACACAUUCCUCUUCUUCUUAAGGCUAUAACAAUAUGGGCAGACACUCCAGAGGUGACAACACCGCUACUUAAAUUCGUAGCUGAGUUUGUGCUGAACAAGUCCCAACGACUGAAUUUUGAAACCUCAUCUCCCAAUGGCAUUCUUCUUUUUCGAGAACUUAGCAAAUUGAUUGUUGCAUAUGGAUCCAGAGUUCUCUCUCGGCCUAAUCACGUGGAUAUGUAUCAGUUGAAAUACAAGGGUAUUUGGAUUUCCUUGACUAUUCUCUCAAGAGCACUUGCUGGUAACUAUGUCAACUUUGGGGUGUUUGAGAUUUAUGGCGACAGAGCGCUUGCAGAUGCUUUUGACAUUGCUAUGAGGAUGGCACUAUCUAUUCCUUUGGCAGAUAUACUCGCGUACCGAAAGCUUUCAGGAGCUUACUUCACAUUCCUGGAGAUCAUGAUGAAAAACCAGAUCCAGCUGAUACUAAAUUUGGACUCAAGUAGCUUUACAUUUAUUGCUGGAUCUCUUGAGUCUGGACUUAAAGUACUGGAUGCAACUAUCAAAUCACAGUGUGCCUCUGCUGUGGACAACUUGGCUACUUUUUAUUUUGAACACAUAACAACUGGAGAGUCACCUACUACGCCUGUGGCUCUUAACCUGGCGCAGCAUUUAGCAGACUGUCCAAGCAUAUUUCUUGAAAUAUUGAAGACGCUCUUUGAGAUUGUUCUAUUUGAAGAUUGUGGCAACCAGUGGAGCCUAAGUCGACCGAUGCUGAGUAUGAUACUCAUCAGCGAAGAGAUGUUCUCAAACUUAAGAGCUCAGAUUUUGUCUUCACAGUCAGCAGACCAACAACAGCGUCUUUCACUGUGCUUUGACAAACUUAUGGCUGAUAUAACGCGAAGUUUGGAUCAGAAGAACAGAGAUAAGUUCUCCAACAACCUAACUAGAUUCCAGGAGAAUGAGUUCCGGACCAGAUAAGCACACUGAUAUCAGCAAGUGGUGGAUCCCUUGUACAUAUAUAACUACCUUUGUCUACUUUCCCAAACAUAUACAAAAAGAAAAGGCACAUUUCAGCGGAGAACAGGGGAAGGGAUAGCCAAGGAAGAAGAAACAACAGCAAGAAUGUAUUCAAGAAAAAUGAAAUAGUGACGGUGACUGAAGUUUUGUUCUCUCUCCUUUUUCCCCAUGGGUGAAAUGCGUUCUGUUAAGUGAUAGUCAUUUUUUGUUAAAUACAUGCUGUAAUUUUUAUCACAAGUGUACAGUCCAACAACUGGAGAUCUUACUUUUGCUGAUAGAAAUGCAGAAGUUCAUCAGUAUUUUCUGAAAGGAGAGUUUGUAGAUGACUAUCGUUCACGUGUUAGAUUAUUGCAAUCUAUUGGUAUAAUGUGAUUACCGAUGGGGGUUUGUUUUCAGAUAGGAGAGUUUGUAGAUGAGUAUCGUUCACGUGUUGGAUUAUAUGAAUCUAUUGGUAUAAUGUGAUUACCAAUGGGGUUUGUGCAUUAUUUAUAGCAAUGUUUGAUGCUAAUAGAAGUAGAAGCGUGUUUUGCUCUUGAACCUAUGCAUAGUCACUUGGACCUUCGUGAAAUUAUAAUGGAGGAUUCGCUUGUUUUUUUCCUUUA